GUUAAGUAACAGAAUUUGCAAAAGAGCAGGCUUAUUUAUUUUAAAGAAAUUAGUCCUUAAUAAUUAAAAAUAAAAGAAAAUACACAAAAUGGAUAAAAACAGCGCUGCUGCCUUGUACAAAAAGAUGCAAACUGAGGUUGAGGCAUACCAAGGUCUUCAGAAGUCCUGCGUAAAAGUUGUAAAACAACGUGCCAUGCUGGAAAGUCAACUGAAUGAGAACAAGUGUGUGCUGGACGAAUUGAAUUUGCUCGGUGCCGACAAUAAAGUCUAUAAACUCUUUGGCCCAGUACUGGUAAAACAAGAGCUGGAGGAUUCUCGCCAGAACGUUGGCAAGCGUAUUGAGUAUAUCUCAAAGGAAUUGAAUAGUUCAAAUAAUACGCUGGAGUCUAUGGAGAAGGACAUGCAUAAGCAUCGCGAAGCAGUUUCCAAGUAUCAACAGCAGUGGCAGGUUGCUGCUGCAAUGAAGUGAUUUAGUUUUUAUUAUUAUUUCUAAAUGAUUGUGGUUGCAUUUACAACAAUUUAA